AUGACCGGUCGGUAUCCUGGGCCGAUCCUCACGUCGCUCGAUGGCGUCGCUGCUUGGAAGACGAGCUUCCUGGCAUGCACCGAGACCGACGCCCACAUCAAGUACUACCUGACCAAGGACUACGUGGACCCGAGCUUGGCGGAUGCGAUCACGGCCGACGACAUGGCCCAGAUGCUCCGCGAUGCCAAGGCGCUCAUGCCCACGUCGCGGCUCGACGACUUGCCGCCAGACGAGCGCGCGGCCGCACUCGCACAGCGCCGCAGCCAGUACAACGCGCACAUCAACGUCUUCAAGGAGUCCAUUCUUGGGUCGCUUCAAGCAGCCCGCGCCGCAGCCGCGGCCGCCUACUUGUCGUCGGCGAUCGCGCCCGCGCUGGCGGUCGGGAACCGAUCCGAUCCGUACAAGCUCUGGCAGCGCUUACAGCGUCCUGCGUCCAGCGGCGACGUCAUGGCUUUGUUGCAGAGCGUACUCGACCUCUCAUGCGAGCCGGCAUCGGGCGCCGCCUUCUUCGCCUCGUUCGAAGCCGCCAUGGCGCCGCUCACGGCCGCGCUAUUGGACCACGAGCCAACGAUCCAAGCCAUCGACGGGAUCGAGUUCGACCCGGUCGCCGAGCCGUGGUUCGAGGCCUACCGGGCGCACGUCGCCGACAAGGUCCAGGCCACGCUCCUCGCGACGGUCUUCGCGCCCGAGCUCAACCUGCAAUUUCGCGCGUGGAGCAAGAUGAAGCUCGAGUAUCGCUUCCUUCGCCAGCGCGUCGAGAACUUUUUGAAGGAGCUUCCACCCGGCGCGACACUCAAGCGCAAGCAGCCAGCGGGGAUGGCGACCUCGUCGGCCAAGAAGCCCAAGCCCACGAGCAAUGACGUCGUCGUCAAGAUGGAGCCGGGAACCGAAGCGCCGAUCAACAUGCGAUCGUUCGCCGAGUACCACAAGCGCCGGACGACAACCUCAAGUCCGCCCCGUGCAAAGGCUUUCGAGAACGGCGACGCGGUGCCUGCCAGAAGCGACAACUAUGAACCACCCGGCGCAAGCGCCGCCAGCUUUCUCAGCAGUCUCGACCACCUUCUCGAGGAGCCGCGGCCAGCCCGAGCCUCGCGCUGGGACACGGAAGCCGACGAAGAAUCCAACUAUCACCACGAAGAAGUUAAAAGCAUGGACCGGCCGCUGUCGUCGUCUCGGCCCGCUGCGCGGCGCGUCGUCUCCUACACUGAGGCGCCCGUCGAGCGCGGUCCCAAGUGUUUGCCGCACGAGGAGGCGUACGCGGUGGACGGUGUGUCCGCUGGGUCGACCUGUGACUAUUGCUACUCGUCCAAGCACAAGCCCACGCAGUGCCCGGCGCUCGUCGGCGACCUUCGCCGCCGCCGCGUCCGCGCCAGCUACAAGGUGCCGCAGGACCUCGUCUGUCCGUACUGCGCGCUCUUUGACGACGUCUUUGCCCAUGCCGUGCACCCGGGCUACCGCUCGACAUCGACCCGCCCGUCGCCGGCCCGCGGCUGCAUCUACUGCGGCGACAGCCAUUUGGUCACGCGGUGCUUCAAGCUGCUUCAAGACAUGCGCUUCAAGCGCGUGCGAUGCGACUUUGUUGUGCCGACGGGGUUUCUCUGCAGCUACUGCCUCCUGUACGAGCACUACUACACGCACGACGAGUCGGUCUGCAAGAAGCUCAAGGACGCACUGGUCGCUGGCAAUGUCCACAAAGACUUUGAACUGCCCUUAGGCAAGUCGAUGCCCAAAGUGCCGGGGCGCGUCAGUGCGCCGUCGCCGGGACCGCCGCUGCCACGGGACCCGCUCGCCCGCUCGGAUGCCAUGUGCGCCUACUGCGGCGCGCCGUCGCACACGGCCAACAAGUGCCCGAUUCUGCUCGGCGAUGUGCGCAACCACCGCGUUCGCAACGGCUUUGUCGUGCCCCCCGAGUACGUCUGUGGCUACUGCCACUUGGUCCAGGCCAAAGUCUUCUUUCACAGCGUGAGCGACUGCCCGGCACUGCGCACCGAUCUGCACAACCGCCGCGUCGACGCUCGGUACGUCCACCCGGACAACACGCCUUGGCCGACGACCGUCGCCACGAUAGCGCUUCCUCGAGUCAAGUUUGACGCCGCCGGCGACGACGACCUCGCGUCGCCUCCCAAGAUGGUCAGUCGCCAGCCGCCGCCCAAGCCCAAGCGCACCACCUACCACGACGAGACGGACGCGGAUACGUUCGAGUCGGACGACAGCUACUCGGCGCCCGUGGCUCCGCGCCGGGGCCGCAACCACCGGGCGACGUCGCAGUCGCCGCCGUCGUCGCCCGUCGGCAAGGUCGCGCCGCUCAAGACCGUCGACGGCGAGGCCGAGACGACGAUCGGGGUCGCGGUGAAAAUGAAGGGCGAGCUCUCGUUCGAGCGCCUACUGCGGAUCGAGGGCGAGUUUGACGGCCGGCUCGUCUCCAAGGGCAGCCUUGUGAUCGGCGCCAAGGGCCUCUUGACCGGCCCGGUCGAGGGCAUGAAGGAGGUGCUGGUCUCGGGCGGCCGCAUCAUUGGCAACGUCAACGUCGAGCGCCUCGUGCUGCGAGACAAGGGCCAGAUCUUUGGCAACGUGACCGCGAAGAGCAUCCGCAUCGAUCCCGACUGCGUCGUCGUCGGCUCGCUCAACGUCAACCCGCACGCGCCGUCGCGCAUCAACCUCAAGGGCGAGCCGGUCACAGAGGAGCCCAAGCCGCCGCCGGUCACACCGACACCGCCGACGCAGCCCGUCGCGUGA